UGUAUACAGUAUACAUUCACACUCUCAUAGUGUUGUUCUCGAUAAAGCGAUAUUUUUGUCGACUUUUAGUUUAAAUAAUUUCUCGAUUGCCAUGGCGGGCAAACGUUUAGACAGCUUGACAUCCACUGCAAGUGUGAUGCAAUCGACCGGAUCGAUCGCCAGUAAGGGUAAAAAACCGAAGAAAAAUAAGCUGCCUACCUUUGACCUUUCGCUGUCGCAAAAGGUGGACAUUAAGAAGGCCUUCGAUUUAUUCGAUACCCAAUGCACAGGCUUCAUCGAAACCAAGGAACUGCGUGUGGCUAUUCGCGCUUUGGGAUUCGAACCGAAAAAGGAGGAUAUUAAGCGUAUGAUGGAUGAAAUCGAUAAGGACAAGACGGGCAGGAUUGCCUUUAACGAUUUCCUAUAUCUGAUGCGCCUAAAAAUGGCCGAAAAGGACUCCAAUCAGGAUAUGAUGAAGGCCUUCUCAUUUUUCGAUGACGAUCGCACUGGUUGCAUUACAUUUGAAAACCUGAAGCGCGUCGCCAAGGAGCUGGGCGAACAACUUACCGACGAGGAACUGCAGGAAAUGAUUGAUGAGGCCGACGUUAAUGGUAAUGGCGAGAUUACUAAAGACGAGUUUCUCAAUUUCAUCAAGAAAACUAAUUUGAUCUAGUCCCAUUUUAUUUUAAAUUGUAUUUCCCACUUUGUUUUUGCUAACGGGGAAACGACGUUGUUGAUUUACUCAUUUCAGGCACUCCCAACUUCAUCUUGACACUGACAUCAGUAUAGUAUUUUGAAGAAGUUUGGAUAUGCUUCGGUUUAAUAAAGCAACGCACUGAACUGCA